AUGUCCCUUUUGUAUGCAAACGAGCAAUAAUCAUUAAGAGAACAGAUUUUCAAAAUUAAGGAUAAAUUGUUAUCUUUAUCUUAAGACUUAAGCAACUAUCAUGCAGAUAUCUAAGAAUCAAAUAGUACUGCUCAUUUUAGGACUCAAGAUGAUGAACAAUCUCCUUAAUAAAUAAAUCAUGAAAAUGAAGAAAAGUGUAUCAUAACAUGAUAAUUAGCAUUUUCAUAAUUGAAUUUUGUUGAUAAAAAUAAAUAAGUAUCAAACUAAUGUCAUCAAUUCAAAAAACUCAAGCCUCUUUUUAAAGUUCCAGAUAGGUCCAUAAAAAUUGACCCAUUGAUCAAAAGUUCUAUUAAGAAGCAACCCCCUUUAGAAUAAAUUAGAGUUUAUUCUUCUGGAAGACCACCUUAGAUUUUAAGAUACAGUUUAUAAAGAGAAGCAAGGAUAUAUUUGAUGUCACCUCAUAGAAUGAACUUUUCAUAACGAAUUUCAUUUUCCCCUGCCAAAAGACUUUGAUUUUAUUUUUACUUUCUAU